CUUCAAACCGCUUAUGCAGCCUCCAAGCCUUACCUUCAUUGCAAGAUUGACAAGUUAGUCAAUGAAGAUCUUUUGCGUAAAGUUCGCAAAGAGAUUCUCAGUAACCUUCAUUUUACCUUGAAGGAAACUGACAUUUACAAAGUAUAUCAAACUGGUGAUUUGGCUAAUCUCGAUGGACUUCCGGCUGAUGAAUUAGCCAAACUUGAAUCCUUGUUUGAAUUGAGAAAUGCCUUGUACUCUCCCGAAUUCCGUGAAUUCAUCUCCACCGUCACAGGCUGUGGACAUCUCUCGGGAACCAAGACUGACAUGAGCAUCAACAGUUACAACGGAGGUUGUCAUUUGUUGAAUCACGAUGACGUGAUUGGCACCCGUCGCGUGUCUUAUAUCUUGUACUUGACUGAUCCCGAGAAUCCUUGGGAUCCCAAGGACGGUGGGGCUCUUGAAUUGUAUCCCGUUAUUGAAAAGGGUAUUCCAGCCACAGAACCGACUGUUGUCCUACCUCCCCAGUGGAAUCAAUUUGUCAUGUUCACCGUUCAACCUGGCCACUCUUUCCACUCAGUGGAAGAAGUCGUACCAGAAAACAAACCUCGGUUGAGUAUCUCUGGGUGGUUCCAUAUUCCCCAAGAGGGUGAGCUCGGAUAUCAGGCCGAAAAAGAAGAGGGCGAAUCAAAGUCUUCUCUUGAGCAAUUGCAAAUGGAUACCGAUUCUAGUGAUAAAUUUACAAAAUAUGAAGAUGAAUUGGAUGAUGAGGCUACCGACGGUCUCUCAAAAGAAGAUCUUGAAGCCUUGGCAGAGUGGAUGAAUCCUCAUUAUCUCAACAUCAAGAUGCUAGGACAGAUUUCUGAACGUUUCAUGGACGAGUCGGCUGUUCAAUGCAAAGACAUUAUCAACAAGUCCUUAUUUGCCGAGUUGAAGCAAGCCACGGAGGAAGCGGAUAAGAGAGACGGUCUUACUUCACGUGUGAUGGUGCCUCAUGGAACUGGUACUCGUGGGCAAUGGGUUGCACACGGACCACCUCAUAGAUGUCGUUACAUGACCCUUGAUAAGACAUUGAAGUCCGAAGACGACCCAACCAGCAAACUGUUUGCUGAUCUGCAAGAAAAGCUUUCUAGCGAACCUUUCCGUCGUUGGUUGGCUGUUGUCACCCAGAUGGUUCCACAGGGAUUCCGUGGUGAAGCACGUCGUUUCAGACCUGGGCAUGACUACACCUUAGCUACUACCAACACGCGUGGCCAGGGUGUGCUCGACGCCACUCUCACAUUUGCUACGACUCCUAACAAGAAGAGUGCAAAUGUGUGGGAAGGAGGUGAAUGUGGUGGGUAUGAAUGCUACAUGGCACCCCACGACGACGAAGAAGAUGCGGCCAUCUACAAGGCUGCCGACGAUGAAGGUGCCUUGUUAACCUUGCCGGCCGGCUGCAAUGAACUAUCUUUGGUCUUGAGAGAUGAGGAUGUGAUGCGAUUUGUAAAGUAUGUGAGUGCAAGAGCUCCUGGCUCUCGAUGGGACUUGUCCUUUGAGUACGAUUUGCCCGAGGAGACGGAAGAAAAUGAAGAC